AUCGAAUUCUUGCCUACUUGGUUCACAGAGCCUUUGUUGCACAUCCGCAAUCAGAACUUUAAGAUCGACAGGGCCAAGAAUCAGAAGGAAAGAAGACUAGGGGCUCGGAGACGGGACCUUGUUACACAAGAGCCAAAUGGGUCACUGCUGUGAAGAUCCUCACCAACCAUGGUCGGGAAAUUUCAACAGAAGAAUGUCCAUUAGCAGCAAUGUGCCAUUGCAAUUGACCGUGGCAGUGUUAGCUGUGGUUACUGUUAUCCAAGGCUCCUUUGCUGUGCCUGUGCAGAAUUUCGAGUCCCAGUUUUGUCGAAAGUUCGUCGAGCCUUAUGGGUACAUUUGUGCUGAAUACAGAACGCAAUCGGAAGAUGGAUAUAUGUUGGUGGUGCAUAGAAUCGGGAGUAGAAGAAGAAUAUUACAGCAUCGAUUGCCUGUGCCUGAUAUGAGUGAAAUACCUCCGAUGAGCUGUGAAAACCAGGAGCAUCCUUUCAACUCGCCAGGCUGUUUGCCAUUGCAACCACCCUCUACCCAAGAAGAUUUACCCAAGUCUGACGAAGGAUCGCCUCACAAUGGAGAUGACUCUGCGAUUAACAAUAUUGCUGACCAGAAUUUUCCUUACCAGGUGGAUCAGAUUCCGAGCAGCAAUGAGGUUUUGCCUUACGUUGGAGAACACUCUCUGGAAGACAGAAAAAGUGAACAGCUUCUUCCAUAUGAGAGAAGUCACUUAUGGGGAGGCCAUGCAAUUUCAGGCUGUGAUGAAAAUGAGCCCUCAGAACUUUGCCAGAGGCAAAUUGAGCUUCCACCUGUCAUAGAUCGAAGCUUAGAUCCAGAUCUCAUUCUGGAACCUCUGAUGACAACGUCGGAGUCAACGCAAACUCGAACAUAUGGACAUGAAGGCUUCACGAAGGAAUCAGACGGAGGAAAAAGUGGCAAAACAUCUUCGGGAAACUUGCCUCUUGCGCCCGUCACUUCAUUUCCUGAGCCUUCAAGGAAAUAUUUGUCUAAUGGCAGAAGUUAUGCGACAGAUCGAAAUGGCUCUAUAGCUUCUGACGAAAAGGCAGAUAAUCCUCAAAGUUCAACUAGUUCACCUCCUGCAGCUCGUCAACAUCCUCACCACAGACAUCAUAGCCAUCACAACAGCAGCCACACGACUACAGCAACUUCACCUGCCACCAAGGCUAACGGACCAGAUCGAGGCAGUGUCGGAAUUGCUCCUUCUGGUGGUGCUGUUCAUUCUGCACCCGAGCCAUCUACUUCCGAUGGGUCUUUUCUAAUAGUCCAGUCGGAAGCGCCUGGCUCUCAAUAUUCUGCGCCACAAUCGCCUCUUUCGGAUGGUUCUUCCAUAACUAUCCAGUCAAUAGCUCCUAGCCCUGUACAUUCUCCCUCACAACCAUCUUUCUCGGAUGGUCCUUCUGUCCGUGUCCAGUCUGCAGCACCCAGUCCUGUAUAUUAUGCACCUGAACAAUCGGUGUCGGAUGGUCCCUCUACGUUAGUUCAGUCUGAAGCGCCUGCGCCAGAUUCAUCUUUGACAGAGGGCUCUUCAAUGAGUGAACCGUCUGAAGCACCGGUGUCCAGUCCUAAUCAGGCUCCGUCAGCUGGUCCUUCAGAAGCACUCAGUCCGUCUCCCAUGGUUGAUCAAGUAUUUCAAGAGUUUGUAGAGGGAAGAGAUCCGGUGUUGCUCAUGCACCAAGAAUUCAUGAGCGGGGAAAGCUGGUUCCAGUUUACAGAAUCUACCGACAGGUUGCUUCCCUUUUUACUACUUGAUGCAGGAUUUGAUGUGUGGAUUGGGCACGAGCGAGCCACAUUUUGGAGUCAUGAUCAUGUUCAUUUCCAUCCGAACGAGCAGAGCUAUUGGAAUUGGACUUGGGAUGACCAUGCCAGAAGCGAUGUCCCCGCUUUCUUGGAGCUCAUCAACGAGAUUACGCGACUGAAUGUACACUACAUCGGAAUUUCUCAGAGCGCAACUGUGGGAGCAGCAGCAGCAACCAUGCCCCGAAGCUCGCGGCUCAUCAAAAGCUUGACCUUGAUAGGGCCGACUAUGUUCAGGGGAAAUAGUAGCUCCCUUAUGCUGGAGGCGUGGGCUUUCCUAUUCGGCAGUGCAGUUGAUCAAUCAGCAUGGGAUGAAGGGUACCAGAACGGAGCGUUCAAUUUCUCCAGAGCAUUUCCUGUGACCACCAUAACUGGCCAGGGUCCAUUGGCUUUAGUGAUGGGGACGAUUUCAGGUCCUAACUGUUGCUUGGGGUCGGCAGUCGUCUCUUUCAAUAAUGGAUGGGAUGGUACUACAUCCUUCAAGAACCUCUUGCACUAUCAACAAGGGGUGAGGACAAACACUUGGUCCCAUUACGACUACAGAAGCCCCGUCAACAACACUCUGGCUUACGGAGUACCAUAUGCACCCGCAUACUAUCCCGAAGACAUCCCGCCAUACCUGCCAGUUCUCGUGAUUUACGGCGGACAGGACGAAUAUGCUCCUCCAAAUGGAAACCGGUAUUUCUUAUCGCGCUUCAGAGGCCGUUCGAAGACUGUGUUUUUGCCAUCUUAUGCCCAUUACGACCUUUCUUACAGUGUAAAUCGUACACAGGAUGUAUUCAUUCCUAUCCUGCAAUUCCUCGAAGAACAUAGAUAAAAUCGACGGAAUGAAUUUCCCUGUCGCAGAUGUAUACACAGAGCAAAGGACUAGACAUAAAAGGCAAGACAACACAAGUUUUAGGUUAGGAUUACAGCUCUAGGUUGCUCUCAUUCCAAAACUUUAGCACGUAGUCUUUGACCUCCAGUUACUUCAGUACCCUCAUGGCAAUAUCACAAGUGAAGUAGCUGAACAGCUACAUUUAAAUUUAUGUGGCUCUUAUUUCAAUCCGUAAGUUAAGAUUACGUACCUGCUCAAGUGUUUAUGAGUAUGCAGACUCCUGCCUGCUGAUAACCCUUGUUUCAUCACAAGAAAUGCAAAUACUUAAUUUCAA